AUGAAGGACAUGGAUGGCCCUCAAUCUAGUGGUCUGCGCAAGAAGAAAAAGUCCAGGUCAGAGAGAAAUCGGGAAAGGAGAUCAAAUGGGAUAAGCAACAAUCAUGUUAAGGGCUCUGUCUUUCACUUCUCAUCUGACUCGGAGCGGGAAAGCAACAAGGAGCCCUCCUCAUCCCGUCCGAGACCCCCACGCAGAAAACGGAAGGAGUCUACUUCUGCCGAGGAAGACAUCAUUGAUGGCUUUUCUAUCACGGGGUUUGUGACCUUGGAGGCUUUGGAGGAAAACCUGACCCUGAGGCCCCGAGGGCAUAGAGUGAACCUGGCUGCGCCCCUGUGCAAGAAAAAGUCAGCCGGUGUCCCCAAUGGCCUAAGCCUGGAGCCCUUUAAAAACAACUAUCACCAUCACCAGCCGUCAGAUCAGGAGAACAAUCCCCGUUUGGCACACGCACAAAGCAAAAAGAAGAAACACCUGAACAAGAAACGCGCAACGCAGCUGAAGCCUGGACAGAAGAAGCGGAAAGACAGUGACAGUGAGAGCCUGAGCGGCGAACCCAAGCCUUCCAUGAGGUGCAGCUCCAGAGACCGACUUACAGAUUGUGAUACGGAGACUGACCAGGAUGACAAGGUUUCCGAUGCCAGCUCAGAGCAAUUUUUCAGCACAGCCGCACUUAAAGUUCCAGAUUUUGGCAUCAAUGCGCUCUCCACCAAUGGCAGCCAGGUGCCUCACGGCCCAGGCCUCCUCAAGGUGUCAGGCCUAGAGCGCAGUCAAGAGAGAAGCCAGGAGAGCUGCAGGGAUUCCCAGCCUCCUUUGUCGAGCACCCCUAGGCAGCCUCUGCCAACCCAAUCCCUACCCCCACCUCAGCCCCAGGCCCAGAUCCAUCCUUUCCUCCCCAAGUCUUCGUCCGGACAAAAGACCCAGGCAAUCAGCUCAAGUCCAGCUGUUGCCUCAAGUCAUCCGCUCCCACCUUCGGAGGCUGUGCUCAGGCCUCAGACUCCCGCAGCCGUGCCUCUUACCCAGGGCCGAAAGCACUCGCCAACACCUCCUGCCCGGCCCCAGCACCAAACAGAACUGCUCUCUCAACCUCGGUCGCUGCAUACACCUGGGAGUCAUCCUACACCUUUCACCAACCACAAUCAUCAGCAGCACCCCAGCCAGGCAGGGCCUCAACGCCCCCCCUCACGGUGUAACCCCCGAUCCGUUUCUACCUACAACGGCCUCAACCUCAACGGCUACAGCAGCAGCAGGAGUAGCACUCCUGGGAGCAAGCCCCAAGGGCCUCCUGCUCCGUCCUCGCACCCCCCCUACCACCCACCUCCUCCCGUUCAAGGCGCCACCGUUUCAACCUUCCCCCUGCCUCUUUCAGCUAACCACAGCACCCCCCACAGCUUCCCCCCUGCAUUGCAGUCCUCACCGCACCCUCAUCACCCCAAUAUGUUCGCUCCUCCAGCGGCUUUGCCUCCACCGCCACCGCUGACGUCUAGCACACUGCCAGUACCGGGACAUCCUGCUGCUGGGAGUGCCUACUCGGAGCAAGAUCUUCUACGUCAGGAGCUCAACACUCGUUUCUUGGCCUCCCAGAGCGCUGACCGCGGCGCCUCGCUGGGCCCCCCGCCCUACCUGCGCACCGAGUUCCACCAGCACCAACAUCAGCACCAGCAUCAGCACCAACACACCCACCAGCACACGCACCAGCACACCUUCACGCCAUUCCCCCACGCCAUAAUGCCCACCCCAGCACCAUCCAUGGUGCGUACCCCUGCCAGAAAUUUUGACAAAUACCCAACAAAAGUUGACCCCUUCUACAGACACAGUCUCUUUCACUCUUAUCCACCGGCGAUGUCGGGGCUUCCCCCUGUCAUCCCUCCAACUGGGCCCUUUAGCUCACUGCAGGGUGCAUUUCAGCCCAAGACCUCAAAUCCUCUGGAUGUGUCCACGAGACCUGGGGCUGUCCCACAUACUUUCUUACAGAAGGACCCAAGGCUAGCGGAUCCGUUUCGGCCCAUUCUCAGGAAGCCAGGAAAGUGGUGUGCCAUGCACGUCCAUACUGCCUGGCAGAUAUACCAUCAUCAACAAAAAGUCAAGCAGCAGAUGCAGGUCGACCCUCACAAGUUAGAUUUUGGCCUCAAGCCUGAGUUCCUGAGUCGACCUCCGGGCCCGAGUCUCUUCGGUGCUAUCCAUCACCCCAGUGACCUGGCACGUCCCGCCACACUCUUCUCUGCUGCAGGUCCAACACACCCAUCAGCAGGUCCCUUCAGCCAUCCACCCCACCACCCUGGAAACUUCCUGACCCCAGCACCUCACUUAGAACCUUUCAGUAGGCCACCCUCUUUCGGUGGGCUGGGAGCUCUCAGUUCAUCAGCAUUCGGUGGCCUGGGGAAUCCAGCACUAAAAUCCCUGACAGCGGCUAACUCCAUGUUCGGCCAUAAAGAUGGCCCCAACUCACAGCAGCACUUUGGCGCCGGUGCCAACAGCAACCACCAGGAGCCCUGGAACCGCCUGCACCGCACUCCACCUUCCUUCCCUACACCUCCGCCUUGGCUGAAACCUGGAGAUUCGGAGAGAAGCGCCUCGGUCAGCUCACACGAGAGAGACAGGGACUCUGACAAACGGGACUCCAUUAGCAGUAAAGAUGACAAAGACAGGGAUUCCGUGGAGAAACGUCACUCGAGCCACCCCUCUCCAGUCCCAGUGAACCCCAUUAGUCUUCUUGGUCACAGUCGUCCUCCUGAGCACCAUAGGAACCAUGUGCCUCCGUCCUCUGGAGAUCCUCUGAGAGACAAAGAGAACAAGUCCAAAGACAGAGAAAGAGAGCACCCCGAUUCUUGGAAAGAAAGCAGCACAGACGACCACAAGCUCAAAGACAACCAGCAAAGCGAUAAGGAUGUGUCCGCUAUCCACGAUGGGAGGGUAUCUGAGGACAAAGUGUCUAACAGAGGCACAGCCUCGCCUUACAUCCGACAGACUAGCCUCGAGCGCCCCAACGGUGGCCUGAGCAGGGAGCUUGUCGAGAAGAAGGGAGAGCUGCCAUUUGAGCACAAGAAGAACAGUGAGGUGAAAGUGAAAGAAGAGCGAAAGGAGGACCAAGAUGCAGCGGCGGAGAAAACAAGCGAGCACCCGUUGGUGUCCUCCGUGCCAAACCUCCACCCUCCCACCUCAAUGCCUAUGCCAAUGGGCAUGACAGGAGUUCAUCCGAUCAACAACAUAAGCAGUCUGGAGAGAACUCGAGUGGUGGCGCCCUUUAUGGGUAUCAGCCCAAUCCCUGGCGCUGAACGUUUCCCAUACCCCGCCUUCCAUUGGGACCCAAUGAGGGAUCCUUACAGAGGAUUGGACAUUCACAGACGGGACCCUCUAGCUAGGGAUCUGUUGCUCAGGAAUGAUCCUCUUCACCGGCUGACGGCGCCACGCCUUUACGAGGCUGAGCGAUCCUACCGGGAGCGCGAACCUCACGACUUUAAUCGCGACCACUUGCAUCCUCUCGCCUUGGAGCAGAGGAGGGAGCACGAGCGCGCGCAGCUGGAGGAACGCGAACGGCUACUCAGAGAGGAUUACGAGCACGGUCGCAUUCACCCCGCCAUGCACCAUCCGGCCCUUGACGGACAUCUUCCCCACCACGCUCAGGGGCUCAUGGCCCCGGGACUACCAGGCAUGCACUACUCAAGGGUCAGUCCCUCUGCGGCGGCGGCUGCCGCUGCGGCGGCUGCUGCCCACCAGAACAGUAUUCUGAAUAAAACUCCGCCCACCGCUUCUCUUAGCGCCCCGCCCCCACUCAUCCCCACACUGGGCGCCAGGCCUGCCUCGCCCAGACGGACCGCCCCCCUGGCCACUGAUAUAAGAGACAGACCUCCUCACAAGGACAUCGAGGCACGGUGA